CUUGCUCAUGGAAAGCAGGUCCUCAAGGAAGCUGCCAGUGGGAGCCUGAGUGAGGAUUUCUCAACCUGGUCCCCAAGGAGGAAAGCAAGUGUUCCUCAGCAGUGGAAGGCAAAGUGGACACUCAAAGUGUUGGAUUUCUGACAGUCCAACAUAGAGUCCCACGAGGAGAGGCACCUUCAGCAUGGCCCAUAAAAGCCAAGAUGAUGAAACUGAGAAAAAUGGAUCAUUCCCCUCCAUCCUCUACUGCAAGAAUGAUUUAAAGGAAGGAUCCCUGCAGUGGGUGAAAGACCCCCUCAAUGGCCAGGUGCUCAUGGUGCUCAGCAUGGACAACAACUGCUCAGCCACUUCCUUUGACAUGGAAUUUUGUGCAGAGAAACUGAAGUCCCUUGGGGUUCAGGUGGCAACGGAUCAGUGGAGAAGGUUGAUCCAGGAUGCUGUGCUGAAGCCUGAAGUGAGACGGUACCUGUUCUACAACUCCAGGGCUUUCCAGAUAGUCAUUGCUGUGGUUUUCUACGUGUGUCUCUGGACAAACAUUUACUCCACAAUCCAGCUGUGGUCCUUUGGAAGCUACUGGGAGGCCAUCCUGCUGGUGACCCUGGCUGCAGCAGCUGUCACCAUAGUUGUGCUGCUGGUUAUAGAUUGUCACCAGAGGAGGAUAAACACGAAUACUGAUGUGAGGCUGGCAGCAGUCAACGAAAUCUUUAUCCAACACAGUUUAAUCCUGGGGAUUACAGAUGUCCUGGAUGGGCCACACAAUAUCCUGCAACUGUGGUUCGUGCACUUCAGCCCUGAGCGCUGCCUCCAGUCCUUGUCAGCCCACAUCACCGCCCUGCAGGGGACACGGGAGUCGGGCUUGUGGCACAGCCUGGGCCACCUCGGUGUGGUUAUGGAGGUGGUGGUUCUGCCUGACCCAGGGACAGAGACAGAGCAGAAGCAGGGGAUGGAGGAGGACCAGGCUUCGUGUGAAGAGUCCCCUCUUCUGUCCAGUGCAGUGAAGCUAAAGAAAGAGCCUGUGACAUGCAACGAGCUGCUCCACCUUGUUCCUGAGGGCCCACCAGAGGUGAUGGCCCAGCAGCUCCUGGUGAUCUUCAGUGGAUGCUACAUCCGGCUCCUGGUGACCGGCCAGCUCCCCCGGGCAGUGGCAGGGGGACACCUGGAGCACACCAGUGUCCCCUGUCUCUGCCAGUUCAUCAAGACCACCAUGCUCAACAUGCACCAGAGCUGGUUCACGGGCAGGUGACCAAAGGGGGCUGGAAAACACUGAAAUAAAAGCUCUCCAAGGACAGCGGUGUGAAGGAGUGGGGCAGAGGGGAGAGCUGUAAGCACCCAUCCUGGACUUACUUGGAUGAACAAGUGGAAAUGGGACUCUUAAUAAAACAUGCAAGACACUCAC